UCCACCAGGCCAGGCGCGUCCCCGGCGUGCGAAAGCGAUCCCAAGCAGCCGCUGCGGUUUCCUUCGCCUGCACGCGAGUAGGAGGCAGGGCAGAGCCAAAGACAUGCCCGCGCCUUCGCCCCGGGGCUGCCAGUGGCGACCAACGGCGGCGGCGGCGCCUGUAGGAGCUGCAUCCCAGGCGGCGUCUAGCCCGAGCCUCGGCCGAGGAUGCUGCUGCUGCUGGUGGGGCUCGUGGCUGGGGCGCUGCUGAGCGCGGCCGGCGGGGCAGAGCUGAGCUUGCGACUGCGGGGUCAGCCCGUGCGGGAGGUCAGCCCGGCUUUCCUGUCCCUCACCCUGGAUGCCAGCCUGGCCACCGACCCCCGCUACAUCACCUUCCUGAGCUCUCUGAAGUUGCGGACAUUAGCAAGAGGCUUAUCGCCCGGCCUUCUGAGAUUUGGAGGCACCAAAACGGACUUCUUGAUCUUUGACCCCAAAAAGGGACCCACUUUUGAGGAGGAGAUCUUCUUAAGUUUGUUGGCAAAGCAAGAUGCUGCAGACCUUUGUGGGUUCAGACCUUCACCUCAGGACCUGAUAGAGCACCUGCAGUCACAAUGGCCCUUCCAGACGAUGCUCAUCCGUGGGGAGCUGGACAAGAAGAAACACAAAAACACCACUAUCACAAGAAGCACAUUGGACAUUCUGUACAACUUCGCACAGUGUUCAGACCUGCAUCUGAUCUUUGGGCUCAAUGCGUUGCUCCGGACACACAGUUCCCACUGGGACAGCUCGAAUGCUCGGUUCAUUUUGGAUUAUUGCGAUUCCCGGAACUAUGACAUAUCUUGGGAACUUGGGAAUGAGCCCAACAGCUUCAGGCUGAAGUCUGGGAUUCAUAUCGAUGGAUUCCAGUUAGGACAAGACUUCAUACAACUACAUCACCUUCUGAGCAACUACAGCCGCUACAGAAAUUCCAAACUCUAUGGCCCUGACGUAGGCAGACCUCGAAAGCAGACUCAGAAGUUGCUGAGGAGCUUUCUGAAAUCAGGAGGGAAAGUAAUUGAUUCCGUCACGUGGCAUCAUUACUAUGUGAAUGGACGAAGUGCUACCCGAGAGGAUUUCCUCAGUCCAGAUGUGAUGGAUACCUUCAUUGCAGACGUACAGGAUGUUCAGCAGAUUGUCGAUGCCACAAUACCAGGCAAGAAAGUGUGGCUGGGAGAGACAAGUUCAGCCUAUGGAGGUGGUGCUCCUCGACUGUCUAAUACAUACAUUGCUGGUUUUAUGUGGCUGGACAAACUAGGACUGUCUGCUAAGCUGGGUAUCGAUGUGGUCAUGAGACAGGUUUUUUUCGGAGCAGGAACAUACCAUUUGGUGGAUGCCAGCUUUGAACCUCUGCCAGAUUAUUGGCUAUCUUUGCUGUACAAGAAACUGGUGGGCCCCAAAGUCUUGGAUGUCAGCCUGACAGGAGAAGACCGCAAGAAACUUCGAGUGUAUCUUCACUGCACAAAUGAGCACCAUCCAAAAUACAGAGACGGUGAUGUAACCCUGUUUGCCUUAAACCUCUACAAUAGCACAAAAUACCUGCAGCUCCCCUCUUACCUCUCCAACAAGACAGUUGAUGAAUACCUUUUACGGCCUUAUGGAAGAGAAAACAUCCUUUCCAGGUCUGUUCAACUGAAUGGUCACAUCCUAAAAAUGUUGGAUGAUGAAACACUGCCAACACUCAGGGAGAAGCCACUUAGCCCAGGAAGCAGUCUUGGACUUCCUGCUUUUUCAUAUGGAUUUUUUGUAAUCCGAAAUGCCAAAGCUAUGGCUUGUAUUUAACCAGUGGAUGCACGUUACCAGAAUCCUGUUGAAGAUCAUGUCCUUGUAAGAACUUCUCCCAGGCAGUCCUGCCCCCAAAUUUGCAGAAACCAAGAGGCUUUGUCAUGAGCAUGAUAGUUUGGGAUUUGACUGAGGUUUGGUGUUCUUUCAUCCCUCCAGUUUUUUAAUGGUUCACUUGACAGCACUUUAUCAUCCUCUCUUCCUAUUGUCCACAGGGAUUCCCAUCAUUCUCAUACAAUCCCAGACUUUUGUCAUGUUCUGAGUGUCAAACUAGGAUCUGGGAGACCAGGGUUAACAUCCCUACAUCACAGGUUUUGAGGAGAAAAUGGAAAUGAGUGACCCAUGUAUGCCAUGUAAACUGUAGCGUGGGCGGCAUAAGUAGAUGAACGGAAAGUUAGGGGGCAAACAGGCCAGAUAGUCUACAAGCAUGAAAGUGUGGCAAGACCAAGGCAAUAGGAAUGAGCUAGCGGGUUUAUGACACAGACACGAAGCAUGAAAUGGGAGCAGCUGGCUCACAUGCCAGUAGGCUCAUUCUGUUGCUUUCUACAGGAGCUGCUAGAGGGCCAGAAUUAAAGAACUCAUCACUUUCAGGUGAAUUUGUAUUCCGAGGGAGGAAAGAGCCAAGAAACUCACUGAUAGGCUCUUCCAGCCAUAAGUAGCCUGAAGAACCCUGAGCUUCUGAGAGCUUGCAGGCUCAGCGGGUUGGCCAUGGUUAGUACUUGGAUGGGUGACUACCAAGGAAGACUAGGGUUGCUAUGCAGAGGCAGGCAACUAUAAAUCCCCUCUGCUCAUCUAUUUUGUUGAAAACUCCAUGAUGGGUUGCCAUAAAUUAGGAUUGACUUGACGGUACUUUUUCAUUAUUACUAUUAUCCAAGACACUGUGACUGUGUGUACAUAGCACAAUGAUCUGUUCUGCAAGAUAGGCAUCAUCUAAGCCAGUACCAAUGCUGAUUGCUGCCAGUUCAAACAUAUCAAAAGGAACAGCAAGAUAGGAAGAAAUCAUCACUCAAAAUGAAUGGCACAUACCAUGCAGCUGUGGACAAUUACACAUAGGGACUAUAAAAUGCACCAUUCUGACAAGAAUUAAAGAACAUGAAAGGCACUGCCAAUUAAUCCAGCCUGAGAUAUCAACAGCAACUGAACAUGAUCUAAAACAAGCUGGACACAGAAAUUCUUUAUAACUCCGACAGCUCCUAUGUCAGACUUCAUAGGGAAGGCACUGAAAUCCAUAAACACUGGGACAAUUUCAAUAAAAAGGAAGAGUCUGAAAAUCAACAAUACAGCUGGAGAACUUGAAAGUUUGCACACUGUAUUGGGUUGUUUUGGUUGGCCUGAAUAAAAUACGACAUAGCUUUUGGA